UGGAAGGAGGGAGGAGCCAUGGUGGAGAAAACAUUAUGAACAAAACAUAAUCCCGACAACACACAAAGGUGAAUCAGAUAACCUUACUCUGAAAUCUUACUCUGCUUGACUUGACAGCUGAAUCGACAUCCCACACAUUAUCCUGAGAUAAAAGGCGGACCAUGUAUGCAGUUGUCACCCUGCAAGACACAGAUGAGGUGAUGGUGGUAGCAUCAAACUGGUUGAGCACAGACAAGAAACAAAGUUACUGGCCCCCAUUCAAAGCACCAGAGAAGUUCAUGGAUGCUGUUCAGAACAGACUUAAACCUGAAACAGGAGGGAAACCAUGGGAGAAAUUAAAUAUUAGCUUUCACACUGAAUAUGUCUCAUUUGACAAGGCAAAAGAAGAGCAAAAAGUAAUGAAAGAACAAAAAGAAUGGUCAAAUAAAGGCUUUGGAAUACUAAAAAGACAAAGACUUGAAAAUGCUGUAGGAAUGUUAAAAAAUCAGUUACAACAGCUUCCUCCACCUGCAUCUACAUCCAGAACAGAUGCACAACUUAUUUUACACAACAGACAAGAAGGAGCUCCUCCAAAUGCUGGGAGACAUCAAAAGUACGGUUCAGGAAAACUCUGCCAUGUUAAAGAAACUACUGAAAGACAACACAGUUUCUGAAGCCCCCAGCAGUACCAGUGUGCUCUCUAAAGAUAUUAAAACAAAUCUCAAUCUGCCUCUUAAAACCUUUGAGGAUGUGGACAGGAUUGAAAGGGAGCUCAACACUGCAGCAUCACGCAAAAAAUAUGUAAAAUAUCUGUCAAUGCUUGGAGGCUUUGGGCCCAGGGACAUUAUUAAGAAUAUUAUGCAGCAAGUCCUUACAGAUGAUCUGGCAAAGGAGUUCAACUGGCAGGGUAGAGGAGAUAAAAGACCCUUCUCUCAGCUCAUUUUAGCAGAUGUAAUCAGAGAUGCUGCAUUUAAACGAAAGGUAAUCAGGUUUGACUGUGAAAAUGAAAUAAAAAAAUAUCUGAGUUACAAAGCUGAUCGACUCAGAAAGAAACCAAAAGAACAAGGAGGUAUUGGGCCUGUGGUCCCAAAUGUGAUUGCCGCUACACCAAUGGACGAUGAUGAAGAGAUGGAUGAUGAAGAAAUUUGGAAACUCCUUGCUGACUGAGUUUUCAAUCAUCAAUCAUGGGUCACAUAGAUCUAAUUACACAUGAAACAUCCAUUUUGUCAAGGAAUACAUGUUAUUUUGGUCACACAGUUUAGGGUCCAAUUCUCAUCAUUAACCCUUAAAUGCAUACCUCGGUUCUUUAGGGACCCGGGACGUGAUUCACUACCCUCCUCCUUGUUCAUUUUUUUUUUUAAGUUAGACAUCAACUUUAUUAAUAUUCCUAUUAAUUUCAUAUUCAUUUUUUGUAAAAAUUGUACAGUCGCUAACGAGCCGAGGUUUGUAGCAGUGCAAGCAUAUUUUUUUUCUGCACAACAAUAAUUGAAUCUUUGAUGACUGAAUAAGUGCAAUAGAGCUCCGGAGGUUGACGUCAUGCAAUCUAAACUCGCCAUUUUGGCAGGCCAUCAGGAGAGCGCUAGAGCGGCUGUAGCAUUGGUAUCGAUAGUGGUCGAACAAUAAUUUAAAACCAGACAUGUUUAGACCUUACAAACCUUACUAUUUCAACAUGGUGGACAGCUGCUGUGCGCCAGGAUGCCAGAACAGGCGGGGGAAAGCAAAGGGGAAAUCAUUUUAUCAUAUUCCUAAGGAUCCCGAUAGACAACUGAAAUGGUUCACUGCAAUAAAACGUGCUAACCAACACAACAAAACAACAGAUGGUUGUAUUUAUGUUUAAUAGUAACCCUAAAAUGAUAUGAAAGAGUUUAAAAUGUGUUAAAUAACUGGGCUGAUAGUCUAUAUUUUCAGUAUAACGUAACGCUACACAUUAUUCCACCGGUCACAAUUGUGGCCGAACAUAAAACACAAUUUUUCACACACAUUUCCAUAAAAAUUUCAAAAAAUAAUUAUUGAUUAUUUAAAGGGGCAACUAAUGACACCUCAUUUGGAUAUUUUCAUGUCUGAAAAGCUAUCCGUUCUUUUAUCGAUACACGUUAAAAGCACCCCGGGGGCAUUAUAAGGAUAUGUUAUGUUUAAUCUAUUAUGUUUUGCUAUGUACAUGUCUAUGUUUUUUUAAUUAAAGUGCGCAGUGAACUCUGUUGCCUUGAAACUGAUGCUGAUCAUUUCAUAUUGAUCCCUGCCUGCCAGCAUGGUGGUGUAAACAGAAUGGGUCACGUGACUACCGGAGCUCUAUAAGUGUCACGUCAUAGCUGAGAGCAUGGCGUGGGGUGGAGUCGGCAUGGGGGAAAACAAUCCUUUCCCCCUGACUGGAAAAGCAUGGUGUUAACCCAGUGAGACCUAAGUAGAAUCACUUCUGCCGCCCGACAGAGAAAGAUGCAUAGAAAAACUGAGCCGUAUUGGAUCGGAUUGUUCGUACAGUAUACCUGUGACUGGACAAAGGACCCAACGGAAUGGCCAGAGAUGUCAUUUUCUCAUUAAUGCAUGCUGCUUGCCCAAAUAUUACAUAGCAUAAUAGCCUAUUUCAUGAAUCACCCAGUGUUUCGAUGAAGACGUUUAUUCAGUGUUCAUGAAAUUAAUGGAUUUAGAGUAUGUAUUACAUACAUUUAACGUUUUAAAAUUAUCAUAAAACAGAGUCUUGUGCUAUGGAAUGGAUAUUUUUCUGAAUAUGCUGUGUGCAAUGCAAAGGGCAUUCAUGUUUAAGUUUGUUUGGGCUAGAACAGAAACAUGAAAUGCGCAGAGUCUAACGUCAAAUGUUAAUUUACCACAGUACCAUGUUUAACAAACAUUUGUCAAAAGCAUAAAUGCCAGUUAAAGACGAGCUGUUUGGCAUCAAUGACACGAGUUUAGAUCAGUCAGUUUUUUGUUGUCUUGCAUGUGGCUUUAUUUGUUUAUUUAUUCGUUUUUCUUGUUGUUAGUACAGCCAUGCACGAAUGAAUUCCUAGUUCCUAGGGUUUCAGCAUUUACAUUUUACAAAGCAAAUUUGGAGUUGACAUGUCAGCAUCAAAAUAUUAUUCAAAUUGCCUUCAAAUUACUGACAGUGGCAAACUUUUUUAUUAGUUUUUUAUAGCAUUCAUCUUCAUCGAAAGACUGGGUGAUUAUUAUGAAGUAGGCUAUGUCAUGUAAUAUUUGGGGGAGCAGCAAGCAUUUUGAUGAGGAAAUGUCAUUAGUACAAGUGUAUGUCUCUAUAUAUCUGCUUGUGAUAUUGAAGCACAAGUUAACAUGAGCCCAGCCCUUCCAUAAUGAAAUAAAGAAGACUACAUCAAUAA